AAUCUGAUGGACAGGACUGAGAGAGACGAGCAAAAGCGCAGGUAUGCCGUCGACGUCGGCACUGAUCUCAACGACUUUCAGUUCACUAUCACUCGGAAAGACACCAAAACUAAAAUUUUUGACACAUCGAUCGGUGGUUUAGUAUUUGCCGAUCAAUUCCUACAAUUGGCCACUAAUUUGGCCACAAAUAACGUCUACGGCUUCGGCGAGAAUGUGCACCAAAGCUUACGACACGACAUGAGCUACAAGACUUGGCCGUUAUUCGCUCGUGACAUACCACUCAGCGAAGAAAUGCAUAAUUUAUACGGUGUUCAACCAUUUUAUACUGUACUGGAAUCGGAUGGCAAAGCGCACGGAAUACUGUUUCUCAAUAGUAAUGCUAUGGAUUAUACACUAUUGCCCCAACCGGCCCUGUCAUUGAAAAGCACCGGGGGUGUUUUGGAUUUUUUUGUAUUUGUAGGCGAUAACCCGGAGCAUGUGAUACAGUUGUACACAUCAGUGAUCGGUCGAUCAACAAUGCCUCCCUUCUGGGGUCUGGGCUAUCAACUGUGCCGAUACGGAUUCACUGGCACACAGAAUGUGCGCGAUAUGAUUGACCGUAAUGUUAAAGAAAAAAUACCAUUAGAUGUAAUGUAUAUCGACAUUGACUACAUGGAUAAUUACGAAGAUUUUACGUAUGAUAAGCGCGCGUUCGCCGGCCUCCCGGAGUUGUUCAAAGAUACCAUCACCAAAAACAACCUGCACUGGACACUGAUCCUGGACCCGGGCAUAGAGGGUAAUAACCCAAACUAUACGUCGUUUAACGAGGGCUACAAACAGGACGUGUUUAUCAAAUGGGCCAAAGAUGUGCCGGUGAAGGACAGGCAAAACCCGUCCGGAGUGCCCACCGAUAAGGACACCAUUUACGGCAAAGUGUGGCCGCGCGGACCCGCGGCCUUUCCCGACUUUUUCAAGUCCAAGACCAACCAGUAUUGGGCCAAUCAAGUGAAAAAUUUGCAUGAUGUUUUGCCAUUUGAUGCACUUUGGAUUGAUAUGAACGAGCCCUCGAAUUUUGAAUCAAAAUGUCCGAAUAAUAAAUACGAUUUCCCGCCGAUUAGAUCAUCGACACUAUGGGGCGGAUCAGGCAAACAACUGUCCCAACAGACUAUAUGUAUGGCCAGCACUCAGGGAGAUAAUGAAGAGUACCGUCAUUAUGAUGUGCACUCACUCUAUGGUUUAGGCGAGACUAUUGCUACACAAAAGGCAUUACACGCAACUACUGGUAAACGUGGUUUCGUAGUGUCCCGGAGUACAUACCCCACAUCGGGCCGAUACGGCGCUCACUGGUUGGGAGAUAAUAGCGCCUAUUGGAAAAUGAUGCACCACUCGGUGGUCGGUAUGCUUGAAUUCAACAUGUUUGGCAUCAGUUUUGUCGGAGCAGACAUCUGUGGCUUUAUGGGCGAAACAAACCCCCAACUGUGCCGCCGGUGGUCACAAUUGGGCGCUUUCUACCCGUUUUCACGCAACCACAACGAGAAGGGCCGUUCAGAUCAGGACCCGGCCGUAUGGGUGAGCAAAGGCCACCCGGAGGUGACUGAAGCGGCCCGCACUUCACUGCAGCUCCGGUACCAAUUGUUGCACUAUUUGUAUACACUAUUCUACCGGAGCUAUGUUUAUGGCGAUACCGUCGCCCGACCCCUGUUUCACGAGUGGCCUCAGGAUAAGGACACACAUAGUAUUGACGGCCAGUUUAUGUGGGGCCGGGAUAUACUCAUAUCGCCCUUCCUGUUUGAG